CUUGCAACGCACCAGUGUUUAAUAGUGGAUACUACUCACGACGCCAGACUAGUGAAAUGUUGAACAUACCAAGUACAACAGAAACUCGUACGAAUGAAUGAAUUCGAGGCAGGAACCGUACACACGGCACUACGAAUCUCGCGUUAUUUAAGCUAAAGCUGCGCAUUUAUUUCGGGAACGACGUAGCAUCAACCCGCCUCUUUUAAGGGAUUGUAUUAUGCUCCGUCCUGACCGUGCUCGUGUGUGUUUGUGCUUUUUGUGAGUGAAUCGAUCGGGCGUGCUAUCAAAUUCGAGGUCAAACGGUGGGACAUAUCAUGGUGUGAUACACAUUUUUAGGAUUGUUGAUUGGCCUCAUUGCGUUACGUAAAAAAUCGUCCCCUAGACAGCACGCUGACAACCGAGGCCAUCGGUGGUUCUCUCUGAACAAUGCUUCCUCUUGCUUCCCACCCACUGCUAUGCUAAAUCUAGCGAAUGUUGUUUUGAAUCAGCGGCCACAUCUAUGUUUGUUUUCGAUUGUUGCGAACCGCGAGCAGAAGCGAGUGCAACACAAUACUUGCGCGAGGUCCGCGACAGAGUGCGAACGAGAUAAGCAUACAAACCUUCAGUGCAGAACGGAAAUCGGAGUCACGCGGUCGAGUAAAUAUUUGCGUGAUCAAACGCGAGAACAAGGGACUACAUCGCACGUGUGCGUGUGCGCGCCACGAUGCUUAGGUGAAUGGUGGUCGAACUAAAAUAAAUCGCGAAAAUACCGAACAGGAAAAUCAUGAGGUCCUCAGUUCGAUAUCUGUCCCGUAGCGGCACCAAUGCGGGUCUGUUCGGUGGCAGUCGUUCGUCGGGAGUAAUCGCAGCCAGUUCAUCGUUUAUCCGUGCCAAUACCACCACAACGACGGUACGUUUCCAUUGCGUUUCGCCGAGGACAACGGCAGCUGGCUGUCAUUCGAGCUGUCAAAACAUUGGCAUCCCGUGGCAAUUGUUUUCGCGCACGCUACCGCGUCUUUACGGUCGGACGGAACGGUUCUAUUCACGCUACUCAGCCAACCGCAUCAUGACCGGGGCGGAUACGUUUAGCUUCGCGGACUACGAUUGUGUCGGGUUCGAUCUGGAUAACACGCUGCUGCGUUACCGGAUCGGUGCGAUGAUUGAGCUGGAGUAUCGCACCGUGUCGCGGUUUCUAGUGGAGCAACGCGGAUACUCGGGCCGGCAUUUGCUACAGCCGCUCGACAAGGAUUUUCUGCAAAGAGGAUUGAUCAUUGACUUUCAUCGAGGCAACAUCCUGAAGCUUGAUCCCGACGGUGUGAUACAGCAGGCGACCCAUGGUACAAAGCGCAUGGCAGAUGAAGAAAUUCGCGCCUACUACGGUGAUGAGAAACGCUGGGAGGUGACGAACGAGUAUUGCCGAAAUAUGCUAGUAGCUUGGAAUGGACCCCUGUCGGAGCAGAUACGGACCGUGCUGGAUUACUUUGACAUUUGUGCCACACUGCUGUUCGGCCGGUUGAUCGAUACUUUGGACGAGGAGGCACACGAGCGCAUCGGUCGGUACAACGUGUGGCCGGAUAUUCUUGACGGGCUGGUGUACAUGUACUCGCGUGAUCAUUUUGGCGCAAACAUUGGCGGUUACUUCGAAGCCCUGAAGGCCAAUCCAGAGCAGUACCUGCAGAAAGCUUCCCCGGAGUUAGUGCGUUGGUUGCGCGAGCUGAAGAAAAACAAAACCACCUUCCUUGUAACCGGUUCGCAUAUCGAUUUUGCCAACUUUACCGCUUCGUACGCAUUUGGACCAGAUUGGCCCGAACUGUUUGAUGUGAUCGUUGGGUUUGCGAAGAAACCGGGUUUUUUUACGGCAGGCAAACCGUUCGUACGACUCGAAGGUCACGAUGAGACGGAACCGCUGACGGCCGGACAGCUGGAACGGUACGGUGUCUAUUCGCAGGGCAAUUGGCGUGAUUUGACCGUGCUGUUGAGUAAAAUCUGCCACAAGUCCGAUCCCCGGUAUCUGUACGUCGGGGACAAUCUUAUACAAGACAUGUACACACCGUCCAAGUAUACGACGGCCGAUACGGUGGCAAUCGUGGAGGAAAUGGCAGCGGAAGGCAUGCGCGACUGCGAGUCCGGCCAUCCAGACGCACCGUACAUAGUGUCAAAGUUCUGGGGAUCGUUCUUUACUACUCGGUCGGGACCGGGCGUUGAGGAUGGAUCACUAUGGGCCGGGCUUAUCAAGCAGCAUGCCAAAAUCUGCGUUCCUUCGAUGGAUGAAGUGGCCAAAUAUCCGCUCGAUCAUAGCUACAAUAGUUUCACGGAAAACGUGAGCUGCAAUGGUUACUAUCCGGCCGAGCCGCUAAAGCUGAUCAACAAUUGAUUUAAACGCGUCUAACGCUGUCGGCAGUAG